UCGCGCGAGUUCUCUCCUCCUCCCUUUCCUCCUUGGCCACCACCAUCAUCGACUCGGACGCGAAAUCACGAACCUUCCAGAGCCCGCAGCUUCCGCUUCCUGAAAAUUCAAAAGCCAAACCACCCUCCUACCAAGCGCCGCCUCCGCAACCUUCUCCACAGAAUCUUCGGCUACACGCUGCCUCCGUCUCCGCCUAGUCUCCGCCGAGCCAUGGACGUCCUGAAGCGCGAGCUGCAGCGCAAGCGCCAGCAACUCGACGCCGACUUCGGCGGCCGCAAGGUCCUCCGCCGCGCCGAGAUCGAGGCGCGCAAGGUCCAGCGCCUCCGCGCCGCCGAGCGCCAACUUCUCCUCCAGAAGCAACAGCAGCAGCAGCAGCUCCGAUCCCACACUUCUACCGUCUCGCUCGCCGCAUCUUCCUCCCGAUUACCAGCAUCCGCGGUCGGCGAAGAACCGAAGGCCGACCGCCCGGGUGGUUCCGAGGAGUCGCUCCCGAGGGAGGAGGUCAUCCGGCGCCUGCGUGUGCUGCGCCAGCCGGCCACGCUCUUCGGCGAGGACGACGCCUCGCGCCUCCGCCGCCUGCACGCGGUGCUCGAGGACCCCGACGCGAUCGCGGAUGUCGACGCCGUUGAGAUCGGGGAGGGGCAGACCAACGACUUCCUCCGCGACAUCCAGGCCUUGCGGGCCAAGGCGGCGGCGGCGGACGCGAAGCCCAAGGCCGGCGCAGCUGAGACGAGCGACGGCAGGAACGAAGAGAGGGAGCUGCCGUUCGAGGAGCUAUGCGACGAGGACAAGAUCGCGGCCUUCUUCAAGAGGCUAUUGCGCGAGUGGAGCCAGGAGUUGGACGAGAUGCCUGAGGCGGAGAGGCGGACAGCCAAGGGCAAGGCCGUCGUGGCCACCUGCAAGCAGUGCGCGCGCUACCUUGAGCCGCUCUUCAAGCAGUGCAAGAAGAAGGCUCUCCCCGAUGAUGUUCAGCGUGCAUUGCUGGAUAUGGUCAAGUGCUGCAUGCGCCGAGAUUACUUGGCUGCCAUGGACAACUACAUCAAGCUCGCGAUCGGCAACUCGCCGUGGCCGAUUGGUGUGACGAUGGUUGGCAUCCACGAGCGCUCCGCCCGCGAGAAGAUCCACACCAACAGCGUGGCUCACAUCAUGAACGACGAGACGACCAGGAAGUACCUGCAGUCUGUGAAGAGGCUCAUGACCUUCUGCCAGCGGAAGUACCCGACGGAUCCGUCGAAGUCGGUUGAAUUCAACAGCUUGGCGAACGGGAGCGACCUGCAGGCUCUCCUGGCAGAGAAGAAUGCGAAGAACUCGGAAGAAACGCUUCGGUUAGUGGCUGCGUCGUGAGUCGUGACGAAGAAUUGCCAGACUAUGCUGGGAAUUUCGGCGAUGAGCCCGAUUGUUGACUAGUGCAUGCCAGGGGCCCAAGUGUGCAAUUGAGAAAAUGCUGAACAAAUUGUUCGAUGUUUUGCUUUUCUAAUUUUGACACUGAAUUUGCUCUCAUGGUUUUUAAUGGACUUCUUUGCUCUCUUGUUGGCUACCGGCAUAUCUGCGAACAGUAAUGAAGAUCUGACGAUUAAAGGCGUGAUCC